UUGCUCUCAGGCUAAAAUCGACUGAGCCUGUAAUCUGCACCCUGGACGUCUGACCCGAAUGCACCUGAUAGGUACGGGUAACCGCCUCCUACACCACCUCCGCGCUCCUCCGCAGCAAUCCCCGCAUAGUCUCAAAAUGUCCAUCUCCUUGAACCAGCAGGAGCUGCAAGAUCAAGCCAACAACCGGCGGCUAAAUACAAAUGUAUGCUAGUCACACGCGUGGUAGGACACUGGCGGCUAAUCAGCCUGACCUGUGCAUACACCACCCUCUGACCAUGUUGUAAGUGCCGUAGAUCCAGGUACCUGGCUCUGCUUUUGGUACGACUCGAGUAUAAGACCUUUGGAGCUUCUCCACUUCUCCCCAGACAGAUCGAUUUUCGUACGACUAUCAUCAACCUCUCUGGUAAUAUCAUCAAUACCUGUCAAAUAUGCAUACUUCAACAGGUGGAGGCCAUGACGCUUUGUCCAAGCGACGAGCUCAGUUCGCUGGUCCGUCAGGUAUCAAGGGUCUCAUGCAAAACUCACGUAUCUUCCUUCUUGCGGUCUUUGCUUCGCUCGGUGGAUUUGUAUAUGGAUACAACCAAGGAAUGUUCGGGCAAGUCCUGAACAUGUCAUCUUUCAAGACAACUGUCAACCCAGAAUCUAUCAAAAACACCACUACUAGAGGUCUCCUGACUGCUAUUCUCGAACUCGGGGCCUGGGUAGGUGUACUGAUCAACGGAUACAACGCCGACAAGUUUGGUCGUAAGAUCGCAACUCAGAUUGGUGUUGGUGUCUUCGUCAUCGGCGUCAUUGUUCAGGCUUGUGCCACGAAUGUCGACUACAUCUAUGGUGGUCGAUUUGUUACUGGUCUUGGAGUUGGUAUCCUCUCCAUGAUCGUUCCUCUCUACAACGCUGAGCUUGCGCCCGCCGAGAUCAGAGGUUCGCUCGUCUCGCUUCAACAACUCGCCAUCUGCACUGGUAUCAUGAUCAGUUACUGGAUUGGCUACGGUACCAACUACAUCGGCGGCACAGGUGCUGGCCAGUCGAACGCUGCAUGGCUGGUCCCUAUCUGUAUUCAACUUUUGCCCGCCAUCAUCCUUGGCGUCGGUAUCAUGUGGCUGCCCCAGAGUCCUCGCUGGCUCGUAUCGAACGAUCGUGAUGAUGAAGCUUUGAAUAUUCUUGCCAACCUCAGGAGGGCCCCCAAAGAGAGCGAGAUCGUACAACUUGAAUUUCUCGAAAUCAAGGCCCAGCACAUGUUCGAAGUCGACAGAUCAAGAGCAAAGUUCCCCCAAUUCCAGUCGGGCAGUUUCAUGGACAACUUUAAGCUUGGUUUCUACGACUACGCCAGUCUCUUCACCAACAAAUCGCUUCGUAAGAGAGUCUUCGUCGCUGUCUUCACAAUGGUUUUCCAGCAGUGGUCUGGCAUUAACGCUAUCUUGUACUACGCUGCUUUCAUCUUCCAAGAUUUGGGCCUUACUGGCAACACUACUUCCCUUCUUGCCAGUGGAGUAGGUGGUAUCCUGCUCAUGCUCGCUACUAUCCCUGCUGUCCUAUACAUCGAUCAAUUGGGCCGCAAGCCUGUUCUCAUCGCCGGUGCCAUCGGAAUGGGAGUCUCGCACAUUAUCGUUGCUUCCCUUUAUGGUGCCUUUGGUCCCACCAAUUGGGAAGGAAGGGCUGCCGCUGGAUGGGUUGCUGUUGUUUUCGUUUGGAUCUACCAGAUCAACUUCGGAUAUUCUUGGGGACCUGGCGCAUGGGUUCUUGUCGCCGAAGUCUUCCCUCUCGGUGUUCGUGCAAAGGGUAUCUCUAUCGGUGCUUCUUCCAAUUGGCUCAACAACUUUGCUAUCGGUCAAGCCACACCUGACAUGGUUGCCUCCAUGAACUACGGCACAUUCAUCUUCUUCGGCCUCAUCUGUUUCUUGGCCGCCGCAUUCAUCUUCUUCAUGGUCCCUGAGACCAAGGGUCUGACUCUUGAAGAGAUGGACGAGGUCUUUGGUGACGAAGCUGGUAACGCUGCCGACGAUCGCGCAAGACUGGACAGAAUUUACACUGAGUUGGGCUUGAUGGAAGGAGGUGACCAUGCCAUGAACAGCGAAAAGCACGAAAAGGUUGCUGCCAUCGACAUCAUGAACACUGGUGGAUACAAGCUCGGCACCAGCACAGGCAUGUGAUAAGGCUGCUGUAUAGAAUCUAGUUUCGAGAAACAUACACUCUCGCUCCUGUACCUACAUAGUAAACCAUAUCAGAGCCUCUUGAAUACACAUCUGUAUCAUUAUCC